AUGUUUUCGGCCGCAAGAUCAAGUCUUAGAAGGGCAUAUUCGACUGCUGCUCCAAAAAAGCUUACUAUCGGUUUGAUUCCAGGUGAUGGUAUCGGUAAAGAAGUUAUUCCUGCCGGACAGCAGGUUUUGCAGGCAUUACCAUCAAAGUAUGGUCUCACUUUCGAUUUCAUGAACCUCAAGGCUGGCUUUGAGGAGUUCAAGAAUACAGGUGUUGCUCUUCCAGAUGAAACUGUUCAAACUUUGAAGACUAAGUGUGAUGGAGCUUUGUUUGGAGCCGUUUCUUCUCCAACCCACAAGGUUAAGGGAUACUCAUCUCCAAUUGUUGCUCUUAGAAAGAAAAUGGGCUUGUAUGCUAACGUGAGACCGGUUAAAUGGGUGCAAGGACAGGGAAUCCCUGUUGAUAUGGUUAUCGUCAGAGAGAACACCGAGGAUUUGUACAUCAAGGAAGAGAGAAUUUUCAACAGAAAUGGCGAGAAGGUCGCAGAGGCCAUCAAGAGAAUCAGUGAAAAGGCUUCCUGGAAGAUAGGCAAGAUUGCACUUGAGAUUGCAUUGAGAAGACAGAAGGUCAGAGAGCAGACUGGUGACUCCAUUCACAAAUCCGCAUCUCUCACGGUGGUUCACAAGUCAAACGUGUUGUCCGUUUCCGAUGGCUUAUUCAGAGAGACCAUCAGCAAUCUCUACAAGCAGGACUUGGCCAAGUACGGCUCUGUCGAGUAUAAAGAGCAGAUUGUCGACUCUAUGGUCUACAAGAUGUUCAGGGAACCUCAAAUCUUUGAUGUUGUCGUGGCUCCAAACUUAUAUGGUGAUAUCUUGUCGGAUGGUGCUGCCGCUUUGGUCGGAUCCUUGGGUCUUGUUGCCUCUGCCAAUGUUGGAGACAACUUCGUGAUUGGAGAGCCAACUCAUGGCUCUGCCCCAGAUAUACAAGGUAAAGGUAUUGCAAACCCAAUUGCAACCAUCAGGUCUACUGCCAUGAUGCUUGAAUUUAUGGGAUAUCCAGAACCAGCAGCCCAGAUUAUGGCUGCUGUUGAUGCCAACUUGAAGGAGAACAAGAUUACGACUCCUGAUCUUGGCGGUAAGUCCUCCACAACUGAUGUUGUUGAGGAUGUCUUGCGCAGAUUGUAA